AUGGGUAAUAACCAGUCAUCAGAGCAUCCUGAUGUUUAUACUUACCAUGAAACUGUUUUAAAACAAGGAGCUCAAUCUGCAGCAUCUGAUUCAUCUGAUGAAUCUGAUGAUGAAAUGCAAGAGGGUUAUUCUAGAGAAACUCCAACUUCAAGCAAUGUUGAGGAUGAAACCAAUUCCAAUUCUGGUGGAGAAGAAAAUUCUGAUUCAGAGGAGAAAAAUCCAGAGCAAAUUUCUUUAGAUCAAUCUGAGUUGGAAAGGGCCGGUUUGGAAGAGAUAAGUGAAGCAGAAAAUGAAGCAGAAGCAUCAAGCAGUUCAAUUGCCUUCAAACAGGUUUUUCAACAAGAAAAUUCUGAGUUUGCUACACCACCAUCUUCCCCAUUGUCAAAAGAACCAUCACCUGGUCCAUCAAGGAGGAGCACAAGAUUACAACUCAAAGCUUCCACAAUAAACAUAAUUUCAAAGAAAAGACCCAGAUUGUCUAUGAGAGAUUCUGAUGAUAGUGAUGAUGACUUACAGUAUUCAACCCCAUCAGCUACUCGAAAAACUCCAAGUAGACUGGGCAAUAUUUCAGCCAUAUCAGACAGUAGUAAAAGUCAAGUAGAAAAUAUAUCUGAAGUCAGAGCAGUAGAAAAAAAACAUUCUAAUGAGGCUAAUAUUACACCUAAAACACCAAGUUCUAGUCAUCAACUUGAAGCAAGCACUGUAAGAACUCCUUCUUAUGAUAAAGGAAGACCAAAUCUCCGUUCUUCGGGUGGAGAAAGCAGACCAUUUUUAAGAGCAAAGAGAAGUGCACAGCUAUUUGGCAAAAAUGCUGUUCACCUACAAAAAGUUGUUUCUCCCCCGACAAAUGAGCAGUAUACUGAAAGAGCUGGUGAAGUAAAUGUUGAUGUAAUCAAAAUUGUGAAUGAUGAAUCCAAUUCAUGUAUUAAUCCCAGAGCAAACAAUCAAGAGUCUGAAAAUGUUACUUUAACAAACUCUGCUACUGUCACAGAAUCUGAGAAAACACCUCAGCAACCUGCAAUUGUUUGUUCAGAGGGUAGUACUUCAACAUGCACUACAUUCUCCAACUCUGUAACAAAUGAUACUAUUUCUGAAAUUAAUACGGUAGUUUCUACUCAGAACAGCCUUCUAUCUGAAACACAGCAAGACCAGUUACCUGCCAAUACUUAUACUACUGUAGGAAACCAGAUAUUUACAGAAGCCAGAUCUGAGGGUAAUGAUGUCACAAUGACAGAUGUAACUAAUGAAAAAGAAUGUAAUACUUCUAGAACAAACAUGGGUUCAGAGAAAUUUUCAGCAUCUGGCUCACAUAUUGUUCAACCAAUGGAUGCACAAUCUGUUGAAAAUUUUGCAAAUGAUAUCACUAUACCAAAAACCUUGGAAGUUAUAAAUGUUGAGCAAGUCUCACAGAACAGACUUCCUGUUUUUGGAAGCAGAAACAUCAUGACUUCUACAUCAACAGAGGAUUUACAACCUUCAGAAGUCAACACUACUGGUGGACUACUUUCAUUUUCACAGUUGGCAAAUUCCCAAACAGCAGCUCCAAGCAUUUCAAGUGUUACUGCUACAUCUUCUGCUCUCAUGGUAUAUCCACAUAGUCAAGCACCAGCAUCUACAUCUUCCCAAUCUUUAACAUGUGAACAAACUCCUCAAAUUCAUACAUCUGCUCCAAGUACUUCAAUUGUUGCUGCUCCUUCAGCUGCUCUUGUUAUAUUCCCACAGAUAUCCAGAUCCUCACAGAAUGGUUUCACUCCUCAGAUACACACACCAAUCUCUCCACAAGUCAUUAAUCAAACACCAAAGGUGGCCAACCCUUUUCCAUUCAGUCCACCAUCAACUUUGUCAUCUGUUCAAAAAUGUUGUAUCUUUCCAAUUUCCUCCAACUUUGAUAUGACAAUCAGGCAAGGAGAUAUCAUUAAACAGGAUGCGACUGCCAUUGUGAACUCCACUGAUAUCCAUCUCCGUCAUCAAGGAGCAGUGUCAAGAUUAAUUGCUGAAGCUGCUAGUCCCCAGAUGAUGAUUGAAUGUCAGCAGCAUCUUAUGAACCAUGGAGGAUCAUUGGACAUUCUACAUGUGAUGGAUACUAUUGCUGGUGGAAGAUUGAACACCAAUGUUGAACGCAUUAUCCAUGUUAUUCCACCAUCAGGGAGUUCAACACAUUUUGAUCACUUGAGUGUAAAUAAACUAGUUAGUGCCUACUUACAGUGUAUGUUACAUUCAGAUAGACUACUCAACAGUACAUCAUUAGCUUUCCCAUUACUUGGUGCAGGAUCAUUUCCAACAGAUAUUAGUAUCAAUGCAUUCUACAAUGCUGUUCUGAUAUAUUUAUCAGAUAAAAGAUCUCUCUCACGUUUAAAUGACAUUAGGUUAAUCAUCAAUGAACCACAAAUCUUUCAGUUUGCUGUUACCUAUUUUACUUCUUGUUAUGAAAAUAUUCUAACUCAAGGUAUAGAUUCAGCUGUAGCAGAAGCACUAGAUGGUUUCUAUGGCAACAGAAAUAGUAAUUUAUCAUCAUUUUGUGUGAGAGAUGAAGUAGAUGGUAGAAGUAAUAAAAAAUGGAGUGCCACUGAAUCACUUACGAAUUUGUUUAGAGGUCCACCUGUGAAGAGACCAAGAUUGUGA